GUACGUUGCUCCGCCUUCGCGCCUCGCUAUUGGACAAAUCCUGAGUUGUAAUAGUAAACUUGGGCUCUGAUUGGUUGUAAAGUGUUAUGGACGAACAGAAGCUGUUUUAGAAAAUAUCGUACAUCGCAGUAUAUGCAUUAUAAACAACAUCCUAGCUAUUGGAAAUAUUGGAUACCUGCAUCUGUGGUUUUAAAUCAGUUUAAGACCAGUCAUCGAAAUGAAGUUCGUCAGGUUUAUUAUGAAGAACGCUGCCUUGGCCAAUGCGCCUCAACACAUCGAGCACUUUUCCAAAUUUUCGCCUUCACCACUUUCUAUGAAACAAUUUAUAGAUUUUGGUUCAACAAACGCAUGUGAGAAGACGUCUUUUGUUUUCUUGAGACAAGAGUUGCCUGUACGUCUGUCCAACAUUAUGAAGGAAAUCAACUUGCUUCCCAAAAGACUCCUUACAACUCCUUCUGUGCAAAUGGUUCAAAGCUGGUAUAGUCAGAGUUUAAUGGAGAUCUUGGAAUUCUUGGAUAAAAGUCCAGAUGACCACAGUGCAUUAGAAGAGUUUGUGGCUACUCUGGUCAACAUCCGAAACAGGCACAAUGAUGUCGUACCCACUAUGGCGCAAGGUGUGAUCGAAUACAAAGAGGUUUUUGACCAAGAUCCAGUCACCAAUCAGAAUAUUCAGUAUUUCCUGGAUCGCUUCUACCUGAGCCGUAUAUCCAUCAGAAUGCUGAUCAACCAGCACACUCUUGUUUUUGAUGGUACCACAAAUCCAGUUCACCCCAAUACCAUUGGCAGUAUAGACCCUCAUUGUCGGGUGGCAGAAGUUGUUAAAGAUGCCUAUGAAAGUGCCAAGAUGCUGUGUGAUCAAUAUUACCUCAGUUCCCCUGACAUUGUACUUCAAGAACUCAACACAAAUAAUAGGAAUCAGCCUAUUAACAUAGUGUAUGUGCCUUCCCAUCUAUACCAUAUGCUGUUUGAACUGUUUAAGAAUGCAAUGAGAGCAACCAUUGAAAACCAUAAGGAUGGUUGCAAUCUUCCACCUAUUCAGGUUAUGGUGGCUGUAGGAGGAGAGGACCUCACUAUCAAGAUGAGUGACCGAGGUGGUGGAGUUCCCUUUAGGAAGAUGGAGAAUCUGUUUAGCUACAUGUACUCCACUGCACCGACCCCUCAGAUGGAUGCUAUGGAAAGAGCUCCGUUGGCUGGGUUCGGUUACGGGUUGCCCAUCUCCCGGCUCUAUGCCAAGUAUUUCCAGGGUGAUCUUCAGCUCUAUUCGAUGGAGGGCCACGGCACUGACGCAGUCAUCCACUUAAAGGCUUUAUCCACUGACUCAGUGGAGAGACUCCCAGUUUUUAACAAGACAGCUCGGCGAAACUACGAAGUCAGUCAAGGGGCAGAUGAUUGGUGCGUUCCCAGCAGAGAGCCCCUAGACCUGGCUGUGUUUCGACUGGCAAAGUGAAAAGAAACUCACUUCUGGAAGGAAUCUAGUACAGUUCCACGACAGGACCGGAGCAAAGGGCGAUCGUAAGGUUGGGACCGGACGCUGUCCACGUGGCCGGCCACCAUCUCUGCACUCACUUUGAAGCUGCGUAAUCUCUUCGCAAUACUGUAGUUGUCGCAUGCAAUGGUUUUCUUCUGCAUCAUGACUAUAUCAUUUACUUUUUGGUUUGAGAAAGUAGGUUUUGUCAUAGUGUUACCUGCAGACAAUAGCAACUCAUAUGAAGUGUGAAUCUUGUAAAGUGCCAAAAUGUAUAUAAAUCACCCUUCCUUCUAUGGGAGACAGUGAUGGGGAAGAUUCCGGGCCAGAGGAGGAAUUCACAGCAGUGUUAAAAGAAAAGAGAAGUGGCCCUCUAGGCUGUUUUUUGGAACUAGAAUGUAACAACAGACCUGUGCUAAGAAACUUAAGAUAAAUAGCCAUGGUAGUGUUAUAAAUCAGUAUGAAACGCAUGAUGGAUCAUUUACGCUUAAUGAAUCAUUUUGGGGCGGUCGUAGACAAAACAAUGGCACUGAUAUAUGUUAAGAUACGUCAGUGCAAGAUGUUUUUAAAUUAAGGCAGCAUUUAGGAUAAGCCCUGUCCAAGAAACCGCCCCAUUAGGGAACUUCAAGAACCGAAUGUUAAAUCUGCAUCAGCAGCACUGACAUCACAUAACACUCCUUAUUAAAUGAUGAUUGUAUGAUUGUUAAUAUAAAGUAUUUCUACACAGUAUGUCUACUCAGAAUAGCCCAAAAGGCUGAACUGUAAUAUCACUUUGCGAUUUGAGCGUGUGGCCAAACAUAUUUAUGUCAUCACUAGUUUUGUCUUCGGACUGUUACUAAUGUGUAAUAUAUUGGGGAUCACAGAUGUGUUUAGAACCAAUAAGAAUGUACUGUACCAAUCAUAAUGUUAAACUUGAAACACUAACAACAUGUAUUUGCCGAGCAUUUCAAACACAGAGUUUUGUGCACUUGUUUUCUUAUACGAGUUAAA